UUUUCCCCACUGACGUCUCGAUUCGGCGUCGUCUUGAAGGCAAUUACUCAAGGUCAGCGUCUUCUCGUGAUAUCUUACAGUCAUCUAAGAUAUCUCUGCCAUGACCAGUCACCUUCUCUGUGGUUAAGGUUAAGGGAAGAUCCUCAGCAUCGCAAGUGUUAUUGCAGCAUUACUUACGAGGAGAGUGGAAAAAUGGGAAAGUACAAGAAAUUGUCGUCAUCUUACUUCAAGCUUGUCAACCCGCUCAUCGUAGCAUUGGUUGGAGCUGCAAUGUACCUCAUGGUGAUGGCAUGGCUAGAUCCUAAAGGAGUUUCCCCAGUGUUCUUUGGUCGAGUUGCAGAGUUUAUUGCAUGGGUCGGCACAGAAAAUAACGACCUUAUGAAGCAGUUGACUCUGUCUACAGUUGCCAUCCAUGCUUUUGAGUCUAUAUUAGCUCUCUACUAUUGCCAAAGGUUGAAGCUAGAUUCAGGUGUUACAUGCUGCUGGAUGAUACAAACUCUCUUUAUGGGAAUCUUUUCUCUCCGUUUCCUCAUUUGGCCUCAGAGAGAAGAAAAGUCAGCAGGGAACUCUAAGAAAAAUAAAUAAAAGAGAGACCAUUUGUAAUUUUGUAAAAUGUCUAAGUAAAAACAAUUUUUAUACUUAUACUUGACAAAUUCUUACAAUAAAAUAGACUAGAUCCA